CCUCCUGCCUCAGCCUCCUGAGCGCUAGGAUAACAGGAAAGAAAACUGAGGCAUAACUUAACUACGUUGUCUUGGAGUCCCAUGUACUUAGGUGAUAAUUUACAGAAAGUCAGCUCUGCAACUUGAUGAGUGACGACCUCUUUCAACUAAAAAAUAAUUCAAAAAUGGCAGAACUCUUUAUGGAAUGUGAGGAAGAAGAGCUGGAACCAUGGCAGAAGAAAGUAAAAGAAGUUGAUGAUGAUGAUGAUGAUGAUGAUGAGCCAAUCUUUGUUGGGGAGAUAGCAAGUUCAAAACCAGCAAUUUCAAAUAUUUUGAAUAGAGUUAACCCCGGCUUGUAUUCAAGGGGAAUAAAGAAUGGUGCACUCAGUCGAGGUGUUACGGCUGCAUUCAAGCCUACAAGUCAACACUACACGAACUCAACAUCAAAUCCAGUGUCUGCCUCGCCAGUACAUUUUCAUCCUGAAUCUAGACCUUCAAAUAGCUCUGUUAUUGUUCAGCCUUUUUCUAAACCUGGUUAUAUAACGAAUCCAUCACAAGCUGUAUCUAAUAAUUCUUCAGAGUUACUGUUUGAUUUGACCCAGGAUACAGGAUUAUCACCUUACCAAGGGGGACCAGCACUUUCUAUAGCAGGUGUGAAUGAAAGUUCAUUUAUAUCAAAACGUCCUUCAGCUUCUGAAGGAAACAGUGUUAAUCCAAAAAAGCCUAAGCCCAGUGAAAGUGUUUCUGCAACAGAUUCCUCAGCUGUGUUCCCUUCAAUUAACUCACCUUCCCAGACAUCUUCCCAGGCUAUGCCAUCAAAAGGUGCAAAUACCUCAUCAAAUCAGUCUAAAAAUGGAACACCUUUUCCAAGAGCUUGUCCAAAAUGCAAUAUUCAUUUCAAUCUUUUGGAUCCUCUGAAAAAUCAUAUGAAGUAUUGUUGUCCAGACAUGAUAAAUAAUUUUUUGGGACUGGCUAAAACAGAAUUUUCAAACACAGCAAAUAAGUCUGUUGAUUCAGAGAAAGGAAAAUUGAUUAUGUUAGUUAAUGACUUUUAUUAUGGAAAACAUGAAGGAGAUGUCCAGGAAGAACAGAAGACUCACACAACCUUUAAAUGCUUCAGUUGCUUGAAAAUUCUAAAAAAUAAUAUUCGGUUCAUGAACCACAUGAAACACCAUUUGGAACUCGAAAAGCAGAGCAGUGAGAGCUGGGAAAACCACACCACCUGCCAGCAUUGCUACCGCCAGUUCCCCACACCCUUUCAGCUGCAGUGCCACAUUGAAAGUACUCACACCCCCCAUGAAUUUUCUACCAUUUGUAAAAUCUGUGAAUUAUCAUUUGAAACAGAACAUGUUCUUUUACAACAUAUGAAGGACAAUCAUAAACCUGGUGAAAUGCCAUAUAUCUGCCAGGUUUGCAAUUAUAGAUCAUCAUCAUUUUCUGAUGUAGAAGCUCAUUUUAGGACAUCUCAUGAAAACACUAAGAACUUGCUGUGUCCAUUUUGUCUCAAAGUUAUUAAAAUUGCAACACCCUAUAUGCAUCAUUAUAUGAAGCAUCAGAAAAAAGGAAUACAUCGUUGUACAAAAUGCAGGCUGCAAUUUUUGACAUGCAAGGAAAAAUUGGAUCACAAGACCCAACAUCAUCGAACAUUUGUAAAACCUAAACAACUAGAAGGAUUGCCUCCUGGAACAAAAGUUACCAUUCGAGCUUCAGUUGCACCUCUUCAAUCAGGAUCUUCACCUACACCUUCUAUUAGUGCAAGCACUUCUACCCUUCAGCUCUCACCUCCAAGGACAAAAAAUAUAACUGCAAAAAAUCCCACAAAAUUAAACACAAGUAAACCUAAUACACCCAAAUCCAAUGCCAGUAAAUCUAAUGGAAGUAAGCCUAAUGGAAAUAAAUCUAAAUACAAAUCAAAAACCUCUAAUGUGCAAAAGAAACAAAGCACAUUGGCUAAUAGCAAUAAAAAGAGUAAAGUUAAUACAGCAUUGAGGAACUUAAGGUAUCAUCGGGGUGUUCACAAGUGCAUUGAGUGUUGUUCUGAAAUAAAAGAUUUUGCAAAUCAUUUUCCUACAUACGUCCACUGUAGUUUUUGCAGAUACAACACUAGCUGUAGCAAAGCCUAUGUAAAUCAUAUGAUGAGCUUUCAUAGUAACCGUCCAAGUAAAAGGUUUUGUAUAUUUAAGAAGCGUUCAGAAGAUCUCAGGGGCAUUACUCUAGUGUGCCUUAAUUGUGAUUUCCUAGCUGAUGUUUCUGGCUUAGAUAAUAUGGCCAAACACUUAAGUCAACACGAAACUCACACUUGCCACAUUGUAACAGAGAAAGUUUCUGUUUGUAUCCCAACUUCUGAACAUCUUUCUGAAUUAAAAAAUGAAGCUCCCACUAAGGAACAAGGACCUGUGUCUCAGGAAAUUGCAAGACCUCAUAUGGCUGAAGGAGAAACAGAAACAUCAAGUACCAAAAGUAAGCAAGAUGAAGCUUCAUCAGAAGAAAAACAUGGAUGUGAUGCAGAUUUACUUGAAGGCUCAUCAGCAACACAAAGGGAAGAAAACUUAACAGUUUCAGGUAAAGAAAAUGAUACCCAUCUAGCAGAUCAGGAAACUAGCUCAAAGAAAAUCUUCAGCUGUGAUUCAAACAUUGGUGCAGAUAAAGUGGAAAAGGAAAAAGAAAUACAGCAGCACGUUGGUUGGGAAAUGGAAUUGAAGAUGGGCCAACAUUCAGAAAAUAUAACUUCACGUGAUCAGGUCGAAGAUGACAACUCCAGUGAAGCUAAGUUUUCUUCAAAGAACAUUAAGGAUUUGCUGUUAAUGUCAAGUGAUGUUAGCAUUGAUCAGUUUCUGAGAAAAAGAGGUGAACCUGAUUCUGUUAGUUCUGAUGUUAGUGAGCAAGGCAGUGUUCAUUUGGAACCUUUGACACCAUCAGAGGUUCUUGAGUAUGAAGCCACAGAGAUUCUUCAGAAAGGUACCAGUGUUCUUUCAGCCAAGACUGAUGAAGAAGUGUCUGAUCAAACAGAUGGCAUCCCUGGAGAAAACAGUGCUAGCACAACAGAGACAACAGCACACUUGGUAGAUGAGAAAGAAAGAAGCUGAAAUGAUGUAGCCACUCAUAGGGCACCAACAGGAAGUGCAUCUGGGAACUGUGCUCUCAGGUGAGCACACUCGCUCUGGUGGAGGUCAGAAAUAGGAAAAUGUGUGGGAGGUCAUUAGUACACUUUGCCUGUAUGUUCAGUCGAGGUUAUUAAACAAAUCAACUAACCAAUGGUUAGUAUGGAUUUCCAAGUUUUUAAAAAAUGAGUAGGGCUUUAAUGAAGGCUUUGGUUUGUGAUCAGAAGUUCUCAUUUAAGUUUUUAAAGAAAUGAGACAUGGUUGCUGACUUGAUUAUAAGAAUAUUAGCUAUAUUAAAACUUUUCAAACUUUCAUCACUCCUAAGCUUAAAAUCCUAUUAUAUCAUUUAAAAUCCUCCUUGUAUCUAAAAACCUAUGUACCUUUUUAAAUUAACUUAAAGGAAGUGAUUUGGAAACCAUACAGAUUUUUUGAAUAACUGAUUUAAAGUAAUGGCUGAUUGGCAUUGUUAAUGAAGACUUAGAGUGUGAUGCUGGUAAUGGAGCGUGUGUAGAGUGCUCAGCUGAUGUCAUGAGAACUUGGACGGACAAAACUUAACUUUGAAUGUAAUGUAACAUCCCAGUCUGCCAGAAGCAUGUAAACAGAAUAUUUUAAUCUGUGUUCCUCCAUACAAGUGUUAGCCUGCUGGGCAAGCUUACCUUUAAUUAAACUUUCAGUGAAAGUGAAAUUAUUAAAAUAUAAACUUAUAUUUGUGUUUUUGGUCAGUGUGUAAACAGCAGAAAUUGCUCACUGUACUAGUUGUAUAAAGUGGAAGUCCAUUUUUGAAACUCUGUUAGCUAUUAUGCUUUUAAUGAUCGUUUUUAAAAAUAGACCCAUAAAAAUGGUCUGGAAGCCAAACCAAAGUAUGGUAUAAUGUAAAUACUGUAGAGGAGUAAACUGAAAACAUGUUUUGGCAUGUAUUCAGCCAAAUUUAAGUGACUUUUUCUGUAAUUAUAAGAUAGGAACUUCAAAUGGGACCUAAAGCAGUGAUGUAAAAAAAUUGGUUUGGGGAAUUUAGCCUAAUUUAUCUAGAAGUUAGCUGCUAAGUUGGUUUUUCAGGGUUUUUUUUAAAUCAUCUAGAAGAUAAUAGAUACAGAAAUGAAUCAUAUCAAGAAUAGUAGUUUGCUUUAAAGUUCUAAUAAAGUUUUAUUUAAAUGCUACAUUUUUACUUCUUAAAAUGUGCUUUGAAUUCUUAAAAUUUUGUUUCACUGAAUGUUAAGUGUUUUAAAUGGCCAUUAACAUUCUGCUGUAUAUACUAGUUUUUGAGUAUUUGCAAUAAAAAUCUGUCUC